UCCCAACAGGAACUUGCGUGAGGCGACAGGACAAAGAUGCUUAACUUAAGGACUUGUGCGGCAAAGCUGAGGCCGUUGACGGCCUCGCAGACUGUAAAGACAAUUUCCCAACAGAGGCCGGCAGCACCCAGGACGUUUCGACAGAUCAGGUGCUACAGCGCACCGGUGGCUGCCGAGCCUUUUUUGAGCGGGACUAGUUCAAACUACGUGGAGGAAAUGUAUUACGCAUGGCUGGAAAAUCCCAAAAGUGUACAUAAGUCGUGGGACAUCUUCUUUCGCAACGCCAACGCCGGAGCUGCUCCAGGCACUGCUUACCAAAGCCCCCCUCCACUGAGCACCAGCCUUUCCACCCUGUCCCAAGCCCAGUUCCUGGUUCAAGCGCAGCCCAAUGUCGAUAAACUGGUGGAGGACCAUCUUGCAGUGCAAUCUCUCAUCAGGGCGUAUCAGAUUCGAGGGCAUCAUGUAGCACAACUCGACCCACUGGGCAUCUUGGAUGCAGACCUGGACUCCUCCCUUCCAGCCGAUAUUAUCACAUCCACAGACAAACUGGGUGAGGGCUUUGAGAGCAGUUAG